AGAGAAUAUCACAGCGAUACACUCAUGAUAUCUCUCUUAGUUGAGCUUACCCGCCACUUUAUGGCUUCACAUUGAACGAACACUUGGUAACCCAGCCUCGCUCCGCCACCUCCGCGUUCCCUUCGACAGCUCUCGAUUGGCCCCAUAUCUCCCAUGAUUCCUCCGUGCGUAAACUUCCAAUCUUCGAGCCGCGUUUCUAGGGGACUCGGUGGCUUACCAGAGCCCGAAUCCGUAUCCACUCGUGUUCUCACAACGACCUUCCUGUACGGGCAUUAGUUCUCUAUCGAUAGGCGCUCAAGCUCCACCAAGCUUCCGAAGCUUGAGCUUGUACUGGAGCCGAGGAGCUGAAGAACUGCAAUUCGUAACAUCAAGUCAACGGUCUGCGUGGUGGCUGAGAAACAGAUCAUGGUGCGAGAUCCACGUGGGCACGUGUACCGAGCAGAUGCGAUGAAUACAAGGAUCACGCGACUUGCUGCAGAAACAAUGUUGCGUCGGGUCGGAACGUCAUCGAUGCAGAGAUGCACAACGGUUGUCGACCAGGGUAGCUCAUGCCCGAAAGAUAUGCACAACCAUUUAACCGUUACCGGCAGGUGGGAUAGUUAUCGCGCGCUCGGGUCCAAGACCGGAAAAGGUCCAAGGAUGAGCUUGCUCGAAGCUUACCACGAUACAGAGCUUUCGCACAGCGCCACUCCGCCAUGUACUAUUCGCAGCGUACUAGAGCUGAGACGCAAUUCGCUCUGCCCUCGCGGAGCUCUCUUUGUCAGAUGUAAUACGCUGCCCUGCUGCACCGAAGCCGCGCACGCCGAGCAAACCGACACUAAACACCCUGCACGUACCCUGGUUCAAGGCAGUAAGAUGCUGGAGCUUAAGAACUGGGCUCAUCCCGCUGAACGGAUGCUGUCCGCACAUCCAAACUCUUGUCUUGCUCGUGUCUGGCUUGGAAGAGCUUCAACGCCAAUUGAGCGCGCCAUUGGGAGAAUCUGGAGCAAUUGACCCGCCCCAACAGAUCUCAUUGAGAAGCUCGGCUUUGCGAACAUCACUGUACGGUACAAGGAAGUCCCAGCAGGAAUUUGCGAGCAGGACCCCAACGUCAAGAGCUACUCUGGAUA